AUGAGUUCAAGAAUUGGAACCUAUAUGCUGCUGAUCUUCCUUUUCUUCCAAGUUUGUUAUGUUUCUGCACUCACAAAUGGUCUGGAUGCUUCUGCUUUACAAGCCCUGAAGGCUGAAUGGACCAGGUUUCCUGAGAGUUGGGAAGGCUCAGAUCCUUGUGGGACCAAAUGGGUUGGAAUUACAUGUAGCAAAGACCGCGUCGUUUCCAUAUCACUAGGUCAUCUUAACUUGGAGGGAAAGCUUUCUGGAGAUAUUUCAGCCUUGUCUGAAUUGCAGAUCUUGUAG